UUUACUUUUGGGCUCGUAUUUUAAAAGUUCCAAAAAGCACUGUCACAGAUACAAUUGUCCGACAUUUUGAUACCAAUAAUGGUUCAAGUGUCAAAAGAGCUGGAAGACCACUUUCCAUGAAUGAUAAUGAUCGUUGUACACUAAAAAGACUUGUAAAAAAGAAUAAUCGAUCUUCUCUUAGUGAAAUUCAUAAUAAUUUUCAGAACUUAAAAGCAUUAUUGGCAUUAUACAAAGGAAAAAAAAUACGUAAAAAAAUAAAAUAUGUAAAACAAAAUAUGAAACACAAGAUAAUGCGUAAUGCGAAUAUUUAUUAA